ACUAAUGUGUGCGAAGGUGGUCGACAUGUUUUACAUUAUAUUUUUUAUUGUUAGCUUGACAAUAUAUCAGGCCAAUUCGGACACAAUUCAGUCCGCGAUUCACAAAUACUAUAAAAGUGAGGGCGUUCAGAAACUCCGAAAAGACUGGGAACUUUAUAGGAAGCCUAUAGAACAUUCGAUAGCUAUGGCUCUUAAAGAGACAGUGGGAUACCGUGGUAUGAAUGUCUACAUCAGUGCAACCGAAGAACCACUAGCCAUGGGAUAUUAUCAUGACGAUAAUCAGAUACGACUAAUCCUCCAAAACUUAAAGUUACAAGAAGUACCUCACUUUUGGAUGCCGGAGGUGCAAUUUUCUUUAUCGUCAAAUGUGUUGAAGCUUCAUACUACACUUAGUAAAAUGUUGGUACACGGACAGUAUUCACUUAUGCGUAACAAGUCUAGGAUUAUUUACGAGGCAAGAGACCAGGAUCCGUUUAAUGCGUCGCCAUUUUUAUUCCAACAAGUACCAGACGUUGGGAGAAUUAUGUUCUCCAUCGACGGUUGCGUACUUUCCGGGUUUGUUAUUGCCACACUGAGCGGAGAAUCAGUCAACCUAGGAUACGGCCACUACAAAUUAAUAAAAUGUGUUUACACUGUUGAGAUAUACCGGCCAGGCGACCAGUCACCUCCAGUUAUCGCGCAGUAUCGGCCCCAAAGAGAUGAUGUUUGGGGUCUUGGUAUUAGAGAUUUGCUGAUCAAACCGAUCAGAGACGAGGUGGACGGAAAGUUACAAGCAGCUGUUUUAAGUUUCGUCAACACUUCCUCGUUGUUUGGCGACAAACUGCAGGGAUAUAUAGACGAGCAGAAGAUGAUAUUCUCAGAAACUGCGACAUUCUUAACAGAAAUACACAGGAACUUGAACAAAAUUACAAUUCAGAAGAAUAACGGGCAGGUUGCGUUGGGUGACCAUUAUGUUUUCUGGGAUAACGGACGAGCCGAUUAUAUCCCUGCUUCAACGCAAAGCGUCGGUGAUACUGUGAGCUUAACGGGAAUGGUGUUAACUGGGUUGGACACGAUGUAUUCAGCACAUAUCGGUGGACCUUACAAGAUGGAGACCAUGAUGAUUGCAGAGGAGAUGCGGUACAGCACCUUACAGGUACACGGUCACUUCGAAUUACCAUUAAAAAAAGGGAAAAAGCCAAGUCGAUUUGCAUUUUCAACGGAAAUAAAUGAUUUGGCCGUAAAUCUCCAAAUGGAAGUUCGGUUAGAUACGAGUAAUAAAGAUAAAACGUCUGUUUUGAAAGGCUGUUCCUACAGAAUCCUCCAGGUUACAGGAUUCAGGCGAAUGAUAUCCACGCUGGCAGCGUAUAUGCACGGCUCAGUGGAAAGCAUGAUAUAUGGCUACUUGUUGAAUGAGUUGCCAAAAGUCAUCAGGGUUCAUUUGAAGGCCAUCUUACGUGAGGCCUUACGUCCAACGACGACCACGACACCACCACCCGCAACAGACAAAGAUGGCAAUGGUGUUGACAGACCUGCAGCCGAAUGUUCAGAGGGAGAUGAUGACGUAUACCAAAGAGCCGGGUCAAAUAUCCCAUCUAACAAACGUAAUGUAAAACCACCAAAGGAAAAGCAGCUUGCAAAGGAGUAUGCAACGGGCAACGAAGAGUGGACAUUAAAUUAACACCCACUACCACUUUGAGGACUAAUGAGAAGAUUGUUUAGCUUUAAGAAAAAAUGGAUACGUCUACGCACCGGAAUAUCAUGGGGUAUAAGAAGACCGACGAGAAGACAAUUACUACCAAACUGGAGCAAACGAACUCCGCUCGCUGAUAUAGUCGAGCCCAUUAGUAGGCUGACGUGGCAAUGGGCGGUAGCUAGGAUAAAAAGUUCUAAAAUGGAGGCCACUGAUAUUGUAACUAGCGCUAUAUCAAUUGUUAAUUAAGAAAUUUCAUGUAAGAACAAUUAAUUUUUUGAAUUCGCACAAUUUGUCUUUGUUGUAGAUGGACUUUGAACAAAGGCUAUCUAUUGUUACACCAUAUUAUGUGACUUUUAAUGGAGGCAUAUUUUUUGUAAGCAUUGGUCGGUUCUAAUGAACCAUUGGUUGGUAAGGGGCUGUCUCCAUGAGCGAGAGAAUCGCGGCGAUAUUAUCGCCGUGCCACGUUUUUCUAUACACUAUCUAUGGAACCAUCUCCACACGGCGAUAUUAUCGCCGCGAUGCGACGAGUGGCAACGAGCGCGCAAAACGUCAUUACAUCGUCGCUAGCCCGCUGCGACUAGCAACGCGACCGCCGCGCGCUCGCGGCGCUCUCGCGACGAGCGCGCGGCGGGCGCGCUGUCAAACGCAGCGUCAUUUCAGCAUUGCCUCAAGUGUGACGUCAAGGAAACGCGGCGAUAUCGGUACGAGUCGCCGCGGAAUCGCGUUAUGACGUCUUAAAGCCGGUGUAGUUCCGUCGACGGAACGAGAUCUCGCUAGACGACUUAUUUCUUUCCAUCAAUGGAACCACUCUAACUUUAGGGCGUCAUAAUAACCCCGCAGAGACCAGUGACCAAAUAGUAAGUAUGUACAUUUUUAUUUUCGUAACUUCAUAUUAAAUAAAUAGGCUGUCUGUCCAUUACAAUUAUGAUUACUCUAAACCUGGUGUGCCACCUCGGAAUAGUGACGUAGUUAAGACGUACAGUAAAUAAAUAUAAAUUUAAGUUCAACAUUUUUUGUAAAUAAAACUGAUAAUAAACUUAUAAAUAUGUAUCUAAUGCUAAUAAUAAUUUCUAAACAAGCUGAAUUUUAUUUUGUUUCUAAAAUGAUGAUAUGAAGAUAUUUCGAUGGCAACAAAUAGUGUUCAAGAAGUUUUGGGGCUCAUCAAUCUGUAAUCAAAUUAAAUUAUU